AUGACAAGUCUAAUUGCUUUAUGUAAAAAAUAUUUUGGAGAAUCUGAUAUUUAUGCUGCUUUAGGAAUUACAAAAAAAGCAUCUGAAAAACAAGUGAAAAAAGCUUAUCAUAAAUUAUCACUUAAAGUACAUCCGGAUAGAGUGCCCGAAUCAGAAAAAGAAGAGGCGACAGAAAAAUUUAAAGUUUUAGGAAAAAUUCAUUCUAUUCUUAGUUGCAAAGAAAAAAGAUCAAUCUAUGAUGAAACAGGUUGCAUCGAUGAAGAAGAUCAUGUAUUUGAAGAUUUCGAUUGGAUGAGCUAUUGGAAAGCAGUAUUUAAACCGAUAUCGGAAAAAGAUAUUAACGACUAUGAAAAAAAAUACAAAAAUUCUAACGAAGAAGCGAUGGAUCUUAAAAAGGCUUAUUUAAAUGGAAAAGGUGAUAUGGAUUUUAUAUUAGAAAGCGUACCAUUCACUAACUGUGAUGAAGAACCAAGAUUAAGAGAAAUAAUAAAUAGGUUUAUUGAAGAUGGAGAAGUACCUGAAUUUGAAUUGUUUAAAAACGAACCACCCAAAAAGGCAGCUAGGAGAAAAAGAAAGUGGGCUUUGGAAGCCAAAAAAGCAGAAACGUUGGCUGCAUCCCAUGAUUUAUCCGAUGCGACAGGAGAGGAAACGUUGAAAUUAUUGAUAGAAAACAAUCAUAGAGAUCGUGGAGAAAAAAUGAACAGCUUUUUAGAUGAGUUGGCCGCCAAAUAUGGUGGGGGAACCGGAAACAAAAAAAGCACACCUAAAUUAUCUGGAAAAAAAAGGAAACGCAAUUAG